AUGUAAUUCUAGACUGAUAAGAGUUUAGAAGAGUAAGUAAAAGUUUAUUCUUUUGAUGAUUUUAAUAGUUUGAUUCCAAAUGAAAACAAAGUAAUUGACUUUAAAAUUGGAAUCUAGAACAAGACAUUGAAUUUCUUUUGGAAGAAUAAUUGCGAAGAAGCUAUAUUAUAAGACCCCAUAUUUCAAUGCUAAAAUUAAGAAUUACAUACAUAAGAAUAACAACAUUAAAAAAUUGAAAAGAGCAUCCACUUUGAGAAUCUGGACCCAUAAAAAUGUGCUGAAAUAUUUAGAGAUACUAUUUACCACGAAACGGAAAAGGUUAUUGCAACAAAUCUUUAAGAAGGAUUUGCAGAAUAAAUAGGUUAGGAGGCCUAUUUAGAAAGUUUUGCAAAGAGCACUUCGUUGGUUGCAUAAUCAGCUAUAUCUGUUAGUGGAUUAGGAUAAAAUUUCGCAUAACUAUCUCUAGAGGGAGGGCUUAGCUCUAUUAUGCAACUGUCGGACUAUGAGAAUACUGUGACAACUCUAGGUGCAAUUAAAGUUAGCACGGAUAUAUCAGCAGGUGGUACAAAUGCAGUUGCUCUAUUUUAAUGCCAGAUAAGUUCGAAUUCUAUUUGGACAGUUGCAGUAUUGGCUUUUGCAGUAGAAGUUGGUUCGCAUUUGCGCCAAUAUUAAAGAGGAGAAAUUUCUGGCAAGAUGCUUGGGAAAAAAAUUGCUGUAUCUGCAGUUUCGGGAGCAAUCUCUGUGGGUAUUUCUUCUUUAGGGAUGGCAUUAGGUGCUAGCGUUGGUACAUGUUUAUGCCCUGGAAUUGGUACCUUAGUUGGAGGAAUAAUUGGAGCAGGAAUUGGUGGAAUUGCAAGUAUUUAUACCUACAAAGGAAUAAAGCUAUUAGCUGAUAAAAUAUGCGAUACCUCGAAAGAUGUCACGAUUAUGCAAAAAAAGAAGUUGUAUGCAAUUAGCUUACAGACUCUAAAUGCAACAGAAAAAACUUCCUUAGGAACAAUUAAAAAUGAAUGGAAACUACUCAGGGCUUAAUAUCAUCCUGAUAAAAAUAGAGGCAACGAGGAAUGUGCAUAAGAAAAAUUUAAAUAGGUCAACAUUGCUCUAGAAUGUAUUGAAACUUACAGAAAGGAACAAAAUUUAUGA